UAGGGUUUUAAAAGUCAUCGGCUGUCUAUGUUUCCCAACAUGAUGUUUCCAAUGACCGACUCAAUGCUGCAUUUAAGACGAGAAGAUUAUCGCUCUAUGCUCUCAGUCGUCUUCUCCAAUAAUCUUUAAGAACUCAGAAACUCCAUAGGCGUCGAUAUUUGAGCAUUUCGUUAUCAUGUUUAGCCCCAACUUAUUCGACAGUUCCCAUAUGUUCGACAUGGCUCAUAAGACCUCUGAGAGUGAACUAAUGGGGAAUAUCAGAGAUGAUGAUUAUGAGAUCAAAUCUGGUACUGAAACCAUGGAUUCUCCAUCGGGGGAUGAUCAAGAUCCUAACCAACGCCCCAAAAGGAAGCGUUAUCAUCGUCAUACACAGCAUCAAAUCGAGCAGAUGGAAGCAUUCUUUAAGGAGUGCCCUCACCCCGAAUAUAAGCAAAGGAAGGAGCUUAGCCGCGAGCUGGGGUUAGAGCUUCUACAAGUCAAGUUUUGGUUCCAAAACAGGCGAACCCAAAUGAAGGCCCAGCAUGAACGCCAUGAAAAUGCUAUAUUGAAGGCUGAGAAUGAAAAGCUCCAUGCCGAGAACAAUAGGUACAAGGAAGCUCUCAGCAAUGCUACAUGCCCCAGCUGCGGAGGCCCAGCUGCUCUUGGAGAGAUGUCAUUUGAUGAGCAGCAUUUGAGAAUAGAAAAUGCUCGGUUAAAGGAAGAGAUUGAUAGGAUAUCUGGAAUAGCUGCUAAAUAUGUUGGCAAGCCUUUAUCUUCCUUUCCUUACCUUUCUUCUCACUUACAUUCACGCUCUGUUGAUCUUGGAGCUAGCAAUUUUGGGACACAGUCAGGAUUCGUAGGGGAAAGGAACCGCAGUGGUGAUCUUCUAAGUUAUGUCUCUGGACCUAUAGAAGCAGACAAGCCUAUGAUUGUUGAGCUUGCUGUUGCUGCAAUGGAGGAAUUAAUCCGAUUGGCUCAAUCUGGUGAACCACUGUGGGUUCCUGGUGAUAAUUCUACAGAUGCAUUGAACGAAGAUGAAUACUUAAGAACCUUCCCGAGGGGAGUUGGAUCAAAACCUUUGGGGUUGAGGUCUGAAGCUUCAAGGGAAUCUGCAGUUGUCAUUAUGAAUCAUGUCAACCUAGUUGAGAUUCUCAUGGACGUGAACCAAUGGUCAAGUGUGUUCUGCGGUAUUGUUUCAAGGGCUAUGACUCUUGAAGUACUAUCAACUGGUGUUGCAGGAAACUAUAAUGGAGCUUUGCAAGUGAUGACGGCCGAGUUUCAAGUUCCUUCACCACUUGUACCAACUCGGGAAAAUUACUUCGUGAGGUACUGUAAGCAGCAUAUUGACGGAACUUGGGCAGUAGUUGAUGUUUCCUUGGAUAAUUUACGCCCUAAUUCUGUGUCCAAGUGUAGAAGAAGACCAUCUGGUUGUUUGAUCCAAGAAUUGCCAAAUGGAUACUCUAAGGUUAUAUGGGUUGAGCAUGUAGAAGUGGAUGACAGAGCUGUCCACAACAUAUACAGACCAGUAGUUAACUCCGGUCUAGCUUUCGGAGCAAAACGUUGGCUGGCGACAUUAGAUCGACAGUGCGAACGUCUCGCGAGUUCAAUGGCGAGUAACAUUCCAGCAGGGGAUCUAUGGGUAAAACAACAUUUACCAUCUUUUAUAACAAGUUCAGAAGGGAGGAAGAGUACGUUGAAGUUGGCUGAGAGGAUGGUGAACAGCUUUUGUACCGGCGUCGGUGCUUCUACGGCCCAUGCUUGGACGACUCUAGCGGCAACAGGUUCCGACGAUGUACGAGUUACGACCCGGAAGAGUAUGGAUGAUCCAGGCAGGCCUCCUGGUAUUGUGCUUAGUGCUGCAACUUCCUUCUGGAUCCCAGUCCCACCGAAAAGGAUAUUCGAUUUCCUAAGGGACGAGAACUCUCGAAGCGAGUGGGAUAUCCUAUCAAAUGGUGGCCUAGUUCAAGAAGUGGCUCACAUAGCCAAUGGCCGUGAUCCAGGCAAUUGUGUCUCUUUACUGCGAGUAAAUAGUGCAAACUCUAGCCAAAGCAACAUGUUGAUACUUCAAGAGAGCUGCACUGAUGCCACAGGGUCCUAUGUGAUAUACGCCCCGGUCGAUAUCGUCGCGAUGAACGUCGUCCUAAGCGGCGGUGACCCGGAUUAUGUUGCGCUGUUGCCGUCCGGUUUCGCAAUUCUUCCCGACGGUCCAGGACAUGACGGAGGAGGAAUUCUCGAAAUCGGUUCGGGUGGCUCCCUCCUCACGGUUGCCUUCCAGAUUUUAGUUGAUUCAGUUCCAGCUGCAAAGCUCUCUCACGGAUCUGUGGCUACCGUCAAUAGCCUAAUUAAAUGCACAGUUGAAAGGAUCAAAGCUGCCGUAAUGUGCAGUAGUGCUUAAUAAACCAAGCACAGACCAUGUGCUUAAUAAA